GGUGUUGUGUUGGGUUUUCAGACGGGCCGUGGACGGCAGGUGGCAGUGUCAGAGGAAGCGCUGGCGAAGGUGAGCCACCUGUUCGAGGAGAGCGGGGGAGGUGGUAGCACCAAGGAGAAUGGAGUGUCGGAGUCGGCAUCGGUGGGUGGCAAUGCUGAUGGAGCUGCGGGAGAUGGUGUUGUGUUGGGUUUUCAGUCGGGACGCGGACGGCAGGUGGCAGUGUCAGAGGAAGCGCU